GCGGCGGAUGGUUCAGUUUGCGUUGCGUCCGCGCGGGUAUCGGUGGGGUCGCCAGUCGACGGUCGCGAGACAACAGCCUCCAGAACUGAAUCUUCACGACAACACAACAACAUCAACAAAAAUGUCGAAUGUGUCUGUGUGCGAGUUCUACAAGGGCCGCAGCGUGCUGGUGACGGGCGGCACGGGCUUCAUGGGCAAGGUGCUCAUCGAGAAGCUGCUGUACUCCGUGCCCGACAUCGGGAACAUCUACGUCCUCAUGCGGCCCAAGAGGGGCAAGUCAGUGGCCCAACGGCUGGAGGACUUGCAACGAUUACCGGUAUUCGACAGAAUAAGAAACGAGCGGCCGAGCGCUUUCAAAAAAAUUAAAGCUCUGCAAGGGGACGUGCUGUUUGUGAACCUCGGGCUGUCCGAGUACGACAUCGCGGAGCUGUCCAAGGAGGUCACGGUGAUCUUCCACUUCGCGGCCACGCUCAAGCUGGAGGCUCCGCUGAAGGCCAACGUGGACAUGAACACGGCGGGCACGCUGCGGGCGCUCACCGUCGCGCAGAAGAUGAAGAAUCUCGCAGUCUUUGUGCACCUCUCCACCGCCUUCUGCUACCCCGAUUACGAAGUUUUAGGAGAAAAGCUGUAUGCCCCUCCGGCGAAGCCCGCUGACGUGAUGCGUCUGGUCGAGUGGCUGGACGACAAGCAACUUUUGCAGCUAACGCCUUCGCUAUUGGGUCCACAUCCGAACUGCUACACCUACUCCAAGAGAUUGGCGGAGAAUCUCGUGCAAGAGGCGUACACUCGGGACGGCGUGCGCGCGGUCAUCGCGCGUCCCAGUAUCGUGUGCCCAGCGUUCGAGGAGCCGGUGGCGGGGUGGGUGGACAGCCUCAACGGGCCGGUGGGCGUGAUGCUGGGCGCGGGCAAGGGCGUCAUCCGGACCAUGCUCUGCGACGGAACCUUCAACGCGCAGGUCAUCCCCGUCGAUGCCGCCAUCAACGGAGUCAUUUGUAUUGGAGCUAUCGAGGGCGCUAAACAGGAGAAGACCGAGUUGAUCCCGGUGUACAACUUGAACGUGGGCCACCAAGUGCCGACGACGUGGUACGACGUGCUCAACGUGGCCAAGAAGUAUGGGCGAGAGUACCCGCUGCAAUGGCCCCUGUGGUACCCCAACGGGGAUAUCACCACCAACCACACCGUGCAUGAGCUCAAGCGAAUCUUCUACCACCUGUUGCCGGCUUAUUUCAUCGACUUUCUGAUGCUGAUUUUGGGACAGAAGCGAUUCAUGGUGAGGAUACAAGACCGCAUUAGUCAAGGUCUUGAAGUCCUGCAGUUCUUCACGAUGCGCCAGUGGUCGUUCCCGAGCCCCAACUAUGACAGCAUCGAGCCGAGUCUCGUGAAAGAGGAGCAGAAGAUCUUCCGUACCAACAUGACUGGAGUCGAUGUGGACAAGUACAUGCACUCGUGUGUGGAGGGCGGCCGCGUCUACUGCUUGAAGGAAGACCCAAGGAACGUGAAGGUCAACCGGACCUAUCACAGCUUCCUGUACGUGUUGGACUGGGUGGUCAAGAUAUUCUUCUGGCUGUUUGUGGUCUCUCUUAUGGCCUCCUGGUUCGAACCCGUCAAGUCUGUCCUGUCUUUGGGCGGCCCGGUGGUGAAACAUCUGCCGCUCGUCGGUUCAACAGUGUUUGACGAAUAAAACAACAUUCUUGCCACAAAUUAUCACGACAACUUCUUGCCUUGUUUACGUCACAACGAAUAGUCAUCAUCGUCAUUAAGUAAGGUCAUCUGUUUUUUCUGCCUCACCAAGCAUAAUGCUCGAGUGAUGUUAUGAGAAACAUUGGAAGUACAAAGGGUUUUAGUUAGUCAUUUUAGUGUGUAUAAUGUUAUCAAACUAGAUUUACAAAUAACUCGUUCAAAUAGUUAAGGAAAAGAGAUUUUUUGUUCAUUGUAGGACCCGUCUCUGCCGAAUGGACGCGAAUUUUACUGGCGCCUUAUUGUAUUAAAGGUAAUUUGUGUUCACAAAUUAACAAAACAUUAUAAAUUUCAUACAAACUUACCAAAAUAAUGUUGAAAUUGUAGACACAUAUUUUUGCCUAUGAGUAAUGUCAUAACAUUAUCACUCGACCUCUGACCAUCAUAAUUAUUGUAAAUACAUACCUACUAUGAGAAUGAAAAAUAUUGUAUGCCUUAUGAAACCACCUGCGUAACUCGGAGCCUGUCUGCGGUCAAUAAUAUAAGUACUUUUUGAAGAUAUACCUGAUACACUCACGAGCAAUGAAAAAGUUCUGAUGACAUAGCCCCCAAUUAAUUACUCAUAACAUCAAAAAAUAAUAAAAUAUAAAAUAAUCAAACAUACUUACCCGAGUCCGCGUUGUUCUAUAACAAACUCAAAUAAUGGGUUUAUAUUAAAGGCUUUACAAAAUUGGGUAUAUAAGUAGGCAUUUUGUGAGUGGAUUUUUUUUAUAGCUCGCGAGUGCAUAAAAUCUAUCCCUACCUAUGACUACAUGAAAAAUAUAAGAUUGUAAUACUCUUUUCAUUAAUAUGUAAAACAAAAUAUUGAAUUGCUUACAGCAUAGAUUACAUCGGUGGUUUAGGGCUUUACUUACAUUCAUAUUAAUAUUGGUACAUAGGCUUGCAAUAAUUAGGUUAUUUAAGGUAGAAUUUAAUUAUAUAUAUGGCCUAAAGGAAAAGUAUUUUGGUAAAUAAUGUGUUUUGUCGUCAUAGCAUACUUUAAAUAAUUUAGUUGUAAUAUGAAGUUUGUAAUAUUUUUAUAUCAAAUAUAUUUUUUUAACAUGUUUAGAA